AUGGACCGACCUGGGAACCUCCUGGAAGAUAAGGCUCUAGCCGAAUUUCUAGGUGUCGAGGACGUGGACUUUGACAGUGGUAGUGAUACCAAAGUCGAGGGUGAGGAGCGAUACAAACCCAGCACAUCUGUGCGUGGGGACAUUGCCCAUCCGGCACCCAAUCCGUUUCCCAAAUGUAGUGCCGCGACUGCGCCAACAGCGCUGGGAGCAAUGUCCCCCAUGGGUACAUCCAUUAUCACUAACCCGCUUCAAGAGGAGCAACAACGCAUGCUUGACCAAGCCGCAAGCGCACGGCGCAAGUUAUAA